UCAUGGUCGUUGUUUCGAAUGUCGGGAGCUAGCGCUGGGUAGGAGGCCGCGCGCUCUGCUGGGGACACAGCUCACUCAAAUCUGAACCCCUCCGUCGUCGACAGCCGCCGAUUAACUACGUUUCAGGAUUAUCCUCUCCCAUCCCCCUUACCCCCUCUGUCAGAGCAUGGCUCAGGAGACCAAUCAGACGCAGGUGCCAAUGCUUUGCACUAUGGGAUGCGGUUUCUAUGGUAACCCCCGCACCAACGGCAUGUGCUCGGUCUGCUACAAGGAACACCUGCAGAGACAACAGGGAGGGGGGCGGUCCAGCCCCCCUGGAGAGAAAGCUGCUACUUCACCAGCGGGAUCACCAGGAUCGGCCGGUGCAACUGUGGAGAGCACAACCUCAGAGCCCGGUACAGAGGUGGCAGGAACCCCACCUGAGGAACAAACAACCAGUCCCAGCUCCACCAGCCCAGUAACUCAACAGAUGACAGCUAUGAGCAUCUCCCAGGAUUCAGGAGCUGUGGAUUCUGAUCGAGCAGAGGCCGAAGAGGGUGAAGAGGAGGGUACUUCAAACAGCACAGAGCCAGUCGGGGAAGCUGCGCAGGCUUCGUCUGACGGCGACCAGACUCCUGAUAAAAACAAGAAAAAGAAUCGCUGCUUUUCUUGCCGGAAGAAAGUAGGACUUACUGGUUUUGACUGUCGCUGUGGCAACCUGUUCUGCGCCAUCCAUCGUUACUCCGACAAACACGACUGUCCCUAUGAUUACCGGAGCGCAGCCGCUGCCCAGUUACGCAAGGAGAACCCCAUCGUAGUGGCUGAGAAGAUUCAGAAGUUAUGAGGACUGAGAGCAAAAAAGAAGUUUCUGACUUUGUGAAUUUGAACAAUGGCGACUUGGAUGAAAACACCUGAUAUCGUGGCUUCAUUUGUUCAUGGGAGUGUAAAGCGGGCGGGGUGGGGGUGGUGCGGUCGCAGCCACAGUCCAGACACUUCCCUUACUAGCAUCUCCCUCUCUCUCCACUUGUGACUGCAGCGCGUGUGUGUGUUUGUAUGAAAGUGUGUGUGUGCGUGCACAUUUGCUUGAGAGCUGGGGAGAGAGCCAUGAGGGCUUGGUGGACAUUUGUUUUGCCGUGGGAAGGGCAGGAAUUUGAUUUUUACCCCUUUUUUUUGUUGUUGUUUUUCCACUUAGCGGGAUCGUGUGAGUGUAUUUUUCUACAAUCCCUGUAGGUAGCUGAAAUGAACGAGGAUAAGCUGUUAAGGAAUGUGUCAAUCGGGAUAAUGACAGAAACACAUUUAGGGGGUCUAGUGACUCAUGUAUCAGCAAGACUUUUAAAGGGCUUUGGAAUAUAGUAUUUUAUCCCAGACUGAAAAAUGAUGUCAACUACUUGUCAAAUUGGCAACUCCUUUACUCUGUGGGCGACCACAUGUAGUACUCCAAAGUCUGAGUUUUCCACAUGCGUCUCUCUUUGAUAUGUAGGCUUGUAUGGAUACUGGGUGCAUGAACAGUCAUUGGAAGGGGAAAGCCGGGGAGGGAAACAAACAACCUUGACUUAACUGUGUGAUUGAAUUUUUUUUUCUUCUUUAUUUUAAUGAGCGUAUGACAUCAGAAGAUCUAUAUUAAUAUAUUGUAGUUAGCUUGAAUUGUGUGAUUGCAUUCUAUUUAUUUUUUAUCGUUUGGUUGGUCUGUGCUGGAGGAUUGGCAGCAUGUGUCCGCAAAUCUUUAAGGAUUUGCUCUUAACUUUUUCUUCGAUUAUAUUUAAGUAAUUCCAUCCUGAUUAUGUAACCAGUGAAGAAGAAAAUGCGCGCCCGAGCUCUGACGUGACGGAGCGGAGCCUGGCCGAGCCGCUCAGAGGGAGCGAGUGCAGUAGGAUGUCAGUGAUUAAGGCUUUGGGUAUGAAGCACAACGACGUAUGUCAGCUGCAGAACACAAGCUACGGUGCCACGCCCGCUCAGUUUUGUUCAGCAUUCGGGUCACUUGCAGUUUAUAUCCGAGCUGUAUCGCAGCCUUGCUGAUGAAAUUGCCUUGUCGAGUUGCUGAGAUUUUCUUCUUCGGUAAGGCGGCGCGCUCGCCUCGAAUGACCUUUUAUGUUCUUCGGAGCCGGUAUGAAGCUCCACGUUUCUCCUACCACCAGCAGACCACUGACACAUGCUGAAUGAAAACUGACCCGGGUCGCAGUUGCUCUCAUAGAUGAUGACGUACGUUCUGCUCAGCGUUGCAGUGCCGCAGAGUUGCGUGCUGUGCUUUUACAGUGUGCUCAGACUGCUUCUAGCUAGCUUCUUCUAGGAAGAUCAGUCCCACGUGCAUGUGUGCAGUCAAACACGCGUUGCUGUUUUGUGACUGCGUAGUUUGAAAUGAAGCUGGAAUGUUUAAAAAGCCGCACAGCAGUAGCACAAUGCAUGGCCGGAACCGUAAGGUUCCCGUUAACAGGACUCUGUUUUUUUUUUUUUCCAAAUGUAAAUACCAUACAGCUCCUCUUCUUAUAGUAUAACCUCAAUGUAGAUUUUUGCCAGGUAAUAAAGGUGGGGAAUUGAGGCAACAAAUAGUACUCUCUGUAUUAAAGUGCUUUUCAUAAUUAUCCAAAAAAUGUGCUACAACUAGCACUGAUGUUUUCCCCAUCUUGUUUCCUCAUUCAUUUUUCAGGUUUUUACGUGUAAUGUUCAAAUUGUUUAAUAACCACUAGUAUCCCCUGCAGGCCACGUGGUUUCUAUUUUACCAUACUAGCUACAUUCUUAACCAGCCCCCCCCCCUCUCCUGAGCUAUAUUAACGUUGCUGAAUAACACAGUAUCUCAGUCAGUGCUUUUAUCCUGUUACUGAUUUGUAGCAAUAGCGAUAUUACUGAAAGUUUAAAGGACCCCAAGCAAGAAAUAGAGGGCCGACUGAGGGUUCAUCUUUUCAUUAUUAAAAGCUUUCCCUGUAAAUGUUGCUUGAUGCGGUUCAUUAUAUAUUAAUGAAAGCUGGAGAAAAGUUGCAUUUGAAUUUUCAGGGAAUGCAAUUUAAAAAUAAUCCACCGCAAAAGGCGAAAGAGAGGAAUGACACUCCUCUGUGUGUGUAGGCUUAGUUCUGCCUCUUCUGAUUGAAAAAGAGCCUUCGUCGAGUCUUUGUGUUAAUGGCCGACGUGAUGACUUGGCAUGCCAACGGCAAGACGUUUUGCCAUGGAUGAGUUGAGCCCGCAGUGACGGUGAUUUAACUUCUUCCUCCGUCACACCUACAGUGUAUAUUUCGAAUUGAGGUGUUAACUGUGAUAUUCAGGGGGACGAGUGGUUGGUGCUGCUCUGCAGUUCGGUGUGUUUUAGACACAGAAUUCUCAGACUUGGGUUGAUAUUAUAAAACAUCGUUGCAUACGGUAAGCUCGGUUUUCCUUUACAGAUUAAUUGUCUCUUCAUAGGAGAAUUUUCCUGUGAUGAUUGUUCAGUUAUGUAAAUCAUGGGGGGUUUCAUGGUUUACACUCAUUUUCUAUUGACUGCUCAUAUCAGUGCUCCAAACGUUUCAGCAUGUUUUUCCUGAUAAAUGUGAGCAGUUUGAAUGUAAACCACCACAAGUCACACGAUAAGUUGUAUUGCCGUCAGACUGACUGUCCGUUGGCCGACGAUGGUUGUCUUUAUGUGAUUUGAGACAUUUGAAUCAUUCAAAUCUUUUGACUGUUUGACUUGCCACCAGCAAUUAGGGCUACGUGACCUGAGUAACUGAGAUAUUAUCAGUGCAUGUACUUGUGUUUUUUUCCCCCCUUUUCUGUUGCAUUGAUUAUUGUUUGAUGUUCACAGCAACACCUUUCAUAAUCAGUGUCUUCAUCAUGCAAGGGUUUUGAUUGAGAAUAAUAAACCUGUGAGUUAGGAUGAAUUUUCUUCAGCUUCACUGCAGAGAUAAAGACAUAUUAUUCUGUCUAUCAAGAUGAGCUUUAGGGACUUGAGAUGAAAUCUACGAUGUUCGCAGAGGUGUAGUUGCCGUCCCUUGGCUACUCCAGUCCCCCAGAAACACCACCAGAUAUCUUUUUAUUUUAUUUUUUCUUUUAAGAGUUAGGAUUGUAUGAUGUGUAAGAGUAAGUAUAAACAAUAAAAUCACAAAGUUUAUUUUAA